CAAACGCAGCGAGUCAUUGUUGAAAACGUCAACAGAAGGAACACACCACAAGCACAUCGCUCGUAUUUUUCAACGUCAGGUUGAUAGCUGUCUCACGCGCAGUUUUAAACCUGAACCCGAGUCGACGCAGCGAGCGCACACACUCACACGACCAGCUCGUGUAUAAAUUCGCCGUGUAACCACCACACUCACCACCCACAACCUGCAUUCUGCAAUCACAGCGAUUCGCAGCUAACGAGAAAUCCCAAACAAAUUCAAUCAGCAAGAUGAAGUUCCAAUACAAGGAAGAACAUCCCUUCGAGAAGAGGAAAACCGAAGGCGAAAAGAUCCGAAGGAAGUACCCCGACAGGGUUCCAGUGAUUGUUGAGAAGGCCCCGAAGGCGAGGAUUGGCGAUUUGGACAAGAAGAAGUACCUGGUGCCGUCUGAUUUGACCGUCGGGCAGUUUUACUUCCUCAUCCGGAAGCGUAUUCAUUUGAGGCCUGAGGACGCUUUGUUCUUCUUUGUUAACAAUGUUAUUCCGCCCACGUCGGCGACCAUGGGCACGCUGUACCAGGAACAUCACGAAGAAGAUUUCUUCCUCUACAUCGCGUACUCCGAUGAGAACGUCUAUGGUCAGAGCGCCUAGAGCCCUCACGAGAAGCCCAGAUCUUCGCGCACUCAAUCGACAAGAAUGCCGUUUACGUGCCGCCAAUCUCGCCCUCGACAACCCGCGUGUAUAUUUACCAUUCUACUUUGGUAACGAUUAUUAAAGAAACAUCUUUUAACUGCGCCCCUUAUAUCUGAUAAUAAUUCUAGUUUAACUCGUAAAGUACCCAAGUAUGGAACUUAAAUAUUAAAUUAAUAUGUCAAAUCUCGAUGAAAGCGAGGCAUUCACAGGAAAUCUCUCGUGUUUGAAGGAAACAGUUUCUUUCAAACAUUUAUUGACUUGAUAUAAUUAAAGAAAAAAAAAGUUUUUAAGAAGAGGAAGAAGAAAAUUAUUACUUUGUUGUUUUAUGCACAUCAUGAAACUGUGAAUUCAGGUUUUAUUUCUUUUUUUCUUUCAAUACCAAAACGGAAAAAAUUAUUUAUUUCUUCAGUGUUAAAGACAAACACUUUUCUUCUUCAGGUGAAGCUUUGCAAAUGGAAAACUAGUUGUAAUUGUAAAGUUAAUCUUUAGAUAAUUCAAGCAAAACUGAUGAUAGCUUUUAGUAAGUAAAUGUUAAUCAUAAUACUUACCAGGGAUUUCUCAAGCAAAAAUUUAGCUACCUUAUAAAGAGUUAGUUGUUAGACGGCACACUAUUUUGGAAAUGGUUUAAUUUUGCUCAUAAAUUCUUAAGUGCACACAUGCUGGAUUAAUAUUGCAUAUGGAAUACGAUUAUUAAAGAUAGAAACUAAUAUAUAAAUGGGUAAAAAGCGUACAUAAGUGUAGAGUUUAUGCUGGACGAUGUGUAAAUGUGAUCAGGAAUAAGAUAAUGUGUAAUUAUUUA